GGGAGGUGUGACGUGUCCGUAAGUAGAAUAUCCCGGAAUGGAGAAUUCCCAUUAUGCCCUCUCUGUUCUUCCUUCUCUUCUGCGCCAACUACGCCCAUUGAGUGGAUUGAGGCAUUGAGCACAUGGCACAGAAGAAGAAGAAGAGAAGGUAAACUAAGGACUCAACACUCAACACUCAACACUUCUCUCUCUCUCUCUCUCUCUAACCAAACACAACACUUUUUUUCUCUCUGCCUCUCCAUUCAACCGACUGGGCUGGGCCCACUCCGUUCCGCUUCGUGGCAGACGCAAACAAGCCUCCAUGAAUGCACUUUAACAUUUCUGUCCUUUUGCUCAACCAUUCUUCCUUUGACUUGAGUUUCGCCUCAAUUUUCUAUAAAAUUCUUGUUUGAGGUUGUGUUGGUGAGAAUGGUUUGAGGGAGGGUUGUGCUAGGGUUUUGGGGAGUGAGGAUGUCGGGUGGAGUUUUCGUGGCGUGGGAGGAGCGGGUGAUUUGCCAGGAGCGUGGGAACCGAGUGAUUCAUUUCUAUCUGAAGGAUGCGUUGGGGAAAUCGGUGCUGGCGGUGGUGGGGACUGAGCGGAGUGUGAGGCACAUGAUGUAUGUUGUCCCUGACCAUUUCUUGCAGGCUUAUGGAUCCACGCAGCCCAUUAAUGCUUGCAAGUGGAGGGCGCGGAGGGAGGUCGUUGAUUGGCUCACUUGCCUCGUCUCUCACAAUCGCCAACACCAUGCAGGUGUACAGCUGGAUGAUUCGGCACAAGCCGAAGAAUCUCUUAAGAUUUUAACACCUGGAGUCAAUGUCAAUAAUAAGAUUAUACCUGAUAAAAUGAUUUCUAGAAAACUGAAAUUUCAAAGCUCAGAUAUUGAAUGGUCAGGCUUGGCUUGGCUUUGUGCUAAACAGCUGAAGCACUACUCAGGGUUUUGCAGGAAUGGAACAACCAUAAGUGUUCAUUCAUUUGUAUAUAUCAUGGCUGAAGAAGAAAACCACUAUCUUGGUUACUUGGAAGAUAUGUAUGAAGACAAGAAGAGACAAAAAAAAGUGAAAGUACGGUGGUUUCACCAUGGUCAGGAAGUUAAACAUGUGAUUCCACAGCUGACUCUGCAAGAGGGAGAGGUUUUCAUCACACCUCAUGUUCAGGUGAUCAGUGCUGAGUGUGUCAAUGGUCCUGCAACAGUGUUGACUCCUAAGCAUUAUGAUAAAUACCUGGCUGCUGUGCCUCAUACCUCUUUAUCUGAGAUCCAUACAUGCUUUAGGCAGUUUAAAAACAAUAAGCUUAAGCCCUUCGCACUUACAAAGUUGCGUGGAUAUAGUAACCAAUCUAUACUUUCUUGUUUGAAUAGUCCUAUUUUCUCCAAGAGAAAGGCAAAGUGUGAAAAGUCACACACAGAUGAUGAUGAGAACCUUACUCAAGAUGAUCCUUUAAGGUCCAGCAAUAAGAGGAAUAGAAGUUCUAAGGAUCAAAUGCUCGAAAAGGGUUUAUCUGGUCUGCAAAUCUCUGAUCCUACAAAUGAAAUGACAAAAUGCGAACCAAAAUACCCUAGUUUAAGAUUAAAACUAUCAAGGAAAACAAUGGGUAUUAAGGUUAUUGGACCAAAACCUCAACUGUCUUUCCAAGUUGGUGAAAAGAUAGAGUUUCUCUGUCAAGAUAGUGGCAUUAGAGGAUGCUGGUUUAGAUGUAAAAUCUUGAGUAUGUCUCCGAAGCAGCUGAAGGUCCAAUAUGAGGAUUUGCUGGAUGUAGAUGGACCAGAGAAACUAGAGGAAUGGAUCCCUGCAUCUAGAGUGGCAGCUCCUGACAAGUUGGGUAUCCGAUGUCCAGGCCGCUUAACAGUACGGCCAUGCCCUCCUGAAUAUACUACAAGUCAUACUUUUGAGAUUGGAGUGCCGGUGGAUGCCUGGUGGUGUGAUGGAUGGUGGGAAGGUGUCAUAACUGCAGUUAAUGUUAGCGAAGAUGGAAUCCUGCAGGUUUUUAGCCCUGGUGAAGAGAGAUUCCUAAUGGUCGACAAGAAGAACAUUCGGGUUUCCCGAGAUUGGAUCAGUAACAGGUGGGUUGAUAUACAGGGAAAGCCUGACAUUUGCAGCUAUUUGUCUUCAAACGUCAGGUGCAGUGUUCGGAUGUCAGCUAAUUCUGCAGUGGUAGGUGGAUCUAAGUCUGAUUGCUCUGCAAUAGUAGUAAAUAAACCAUCAUCGAUUGUCAAAGUUGAAGUUGCUAGGGUUGAGCCAGAUUUAUCUGGUUUGGAGGCACCUACUUACCUGGAAAGCAUGAAGGGGGCUUUGAGGAAGCCACUCUAUGCCAUUCACGAAGACAAGGAUGACAACUCUGGUAGUGGCUGUGAUGAUGAAGCUGACAAGGCUGUGAAGACUCUUCUGGCCUUUAAUGAAAACAAGAAUAAUAACUCUGGUGAUGACAAUGAUGCUGACACUGACAAUGACGACGAUGUUGAUGAAAAUGAUGAUAAUGAUGCUGACAAUGAUGAUGAGGACAGUGAGGAAAAUUUUGAUGGUUCUGAACCAAAACUUGAUGCAGCAGAAGUAAUACGAGCUGCAUGAAUAUAUGAUAGAGCUAAAUGGGGAAUUUUUUCUCUCCUGCUGAAUAUACCUGAAGGUGGAAUCACCUUGUAUAUAAAACAAAAUGAAGCCCCGAGGUAGUUAUAUAUGCAGAGGAUAAUGAUUUUCAAGUUUCUGACUUGAGGAUAAUUGUAGUGUAUAGCGUUAUAGCUUAUGUUCUUGGGUUAAUGAGAUCAACUUCUAUAGGAUGGUAUUAAUAUACAUUUUAGGCUCCAUGUAGGUCGUGGUUGGUAGAUGCUCAAUUGCACAUAUCAGUUGAAACUGCGUAUCAUAGUUAGCUCAUGAGUAUAGUCUGUAAUUUGUGAUUUUCAGUAGUUUUGGCUUUUGGCCAUGAAUCUUACAAGUUUAAAGUGUUACAAAAUCUCCCAUGUUUAUAUUCUAUUUCAAUAUUAGAGGGAAUGAAUGUUUUAACCAAA